CUGGGUUGUCCUCUGUUCCUGAGGUUUGAAGAUGUCCUAUGACAGACGCUCAUAUUCCAGAUGAGCAUAUUCUAAACAGGCUAACAGAACCUAACACUUCAACAUCUGUGUGACCUUCAGCCAGAGGAGGAAUAAUUUUCCAUUACACUGAAUCUGCUCCAUCAGGUGAAGCAGGAUGGAGACAGCCACCUACAUCAACAACACCCUGCUCAAUAGUCACCACCCCCUCAAUGCCUCCGUGGCGGACAAGACUGUGUAUCAAACCUGCCAGCACAUGCCCGAGGUCAUCCUCUUCUACCUGGGCAUGCAGUUCAUCAACAUGUUCAUGGGCAUACCGGCCAACAUCAUGGUACUGUGGCUCAUCUUCAGGAGCAAGGGAGACUCGUCCACCUCAGACAUCUUCAUUGUCCACCUGGCUGUGCUGGACACCUUCUUCUGCCUCAUCCCACCAUUGGAGUUUGCCAACCUGGUGUACUUGACCACCAGCAGCACAUGGUACGUCCUGCGCUUCUUCUACGGUGUGAAGGACUCCUCACCCCUCUUUCUGUCCUGCAUCUGCCUGGACCGCUACAUGGCCGUCCGGCAUCCAAUAACCUUCACAAAACUGAAGGACCGCCCGCACCGGCCGGUGUGCGCCGGGGUCAUGUGGGUCAUCACUCUGGCCUAUGCUGUUCUGAAGUGUAUAGGAAGCAUCCCCAGCUUUGAAAAGGUCUUCACGGUCAUGAUCCUGGCAGCCUUUGUGUUCAUGGUCUUCUGCAACAUCUCCAUCCUCUGGGUCCUGCAGCAGUCUGGACCGGGCCGGGAUGAGAUGCACCCUGUCAAGAAAAGGGCUUUCAAGAUGGUCCUCAUUAUUCUGGCCAUCAUCGUCUUCAACUACCUCCCUCCUGUAGCUCUUUUCCCGUUCCAGGCUUUCUUCACUCACGACGUGUUCAAAUGCUACAUCCACUACAUCGCCUUCGGGUUCAUGGACAUCAGCAGCAGCAUUCAGCCGCUGCUCUAUCUGUCCAGGGAGCCGCCCAAAUGUCCUGCGUGCUGCUGCAGAAGCUGCACUGAUGAAGAAACGAAGAGUACAAUCCAAAGUGAGCCAUCGACUGUGUGCACAGUAGCUGAUUAAUAGUGCUUUUAUUAAAAUGUAAAGAGGUUUGAGUACCGACUAUAUAUAUAUAUAUAUAUAU